GUUGGGGGCCGAGGACACGAAAACAGGUAAAAAAAAAAAAAACGGAAAUGAAAAAAAGAAAAGCAGGUCAACGGUGGACUUCCUGGGCACGGCGAGAGGCUAAUAAAAGUGCGAUGCUUGAUUGCUUACUGCCCAAUUUGUGUCUGUGUUUUGCCUCUGUUUUCUUUGCAAUCUGCUUUUCUCCAUACACCAAAAGCUUGAGCAGCGAAAUGAUUUCGCAUGAUACAUACACCACAACAGCGUAAAGAAGCAUUUCCUCUCUCUGUCUCUCUGCAACUUCGCUUCAGUUUCCAAUCUUCCUAUUCUCCCUGUCUGCAACAACUCCCAAAGCAGAGGAGUGUUUUGUCGAAAUAAAGUGUGGAGAAGAGAAGCUUAUGGUGGAAGCGUUGGAGUGAGACGUUGGGGGGUUUCUUUCUGUUUGGAUGGGUUCCUGUUGGAGCAAUCGUAUCAAAGCCGAGAGUCCACCUCAAACUGGUGCGAGCUCGAAAAAUGUGAGUAGAGAUGGAUAUGAUCUGAGUAGUUCGAGCAGCAAGUUCUCAUACGCUUCCGUAUCCCUAGCUUCCCGGAGUGAGGGUGAGAUUUUGCAGUCCUCCAAUUUAAAGAACUUUAGCUUUAAUGAACUCAGAACUGCCACCAGAAACUUCCGGCCUGAUAGUGUAUUAGGGGAAGGUGGCUUUGGUGCGGUUUUUAAGGGGUGGAUCGAUGAGAAUUCGCUUAGUCCGGCUAGGCCAGGGACUGGCUUGGUGAUUGCUGUGAAGAGGCUCAACCAAGAAGGGCGCCAGGGUCACAAGGAGUGGUUGACAGAAAUAAACUAUCUUGGGCGGCUGCGCCAUCCUAAUCUUGUGAAACUGGUUGGUUACUGUUUGGAGGAUGAUCAUCGGCUUCUGAUAUACGAAUUCAUGCCUCGGGGCAGCAUGGAAAAUCAUCUGUUCAGGAGAGGGUCUCAUUUUCAGCCAUUGUCUUGGAGCAUCCGCAUGAAAAUUGCCCUUGGCGCUGCAAAGGGCCUUGCCUUUCUUCAUAAUGCCGAACCAAGAGUUAUAUAUCGAGACUUCAAAACUUCCAAUAUCUUGCUUGAUUCAGAGUACAAUGCAAAACUUUCUGAUUUUGGGUUGGCAAGGGACGGGCCUGUUGGAGAUAUGAGCCAUGUCUCUACCAGGGUCAUGGGGACCCAUGGAUAUGCUGCUCCGGAAUAUGUAUCGACAGGUCAUCUCACUGCCAAGAGCGAUGUAUACAGCUUCGGAGUUGUCCUUCUGGAGAUGCUAUCCGGGCGGCGAGUGCUGGACAAGAAUAGGCCGUUCGGGGAGCACAACCUGGUAGAGUGGGCGAAGCCUUGUCUGGGCAACAAACAGAAAAUUUUUCGUGUUUUGGAUGGGCGUCUUGAGGGGCAGUACUCACUGGGACGGGCCUUAAAGGCAGCCAGCCUUACGCUUCAUUGCCUCUCUCCAGAACACAAGCUCAGACCAAGCAUGAACGAAGUGGUAACAGCAUUGGAGCAACUUCAAGACCCAAAAGGCACCACAAAAAAUGUUCAAAAUCAGCAGCAUGUAAUACCAAGUGCAGUUGAAGCUUCUGCCACUUCUGCCAAGAAGGCUUCACAUCCCAAACCUUCUGUUUCCCCUCACUAUACUUGAAAAAGGACAGCCAAAAAGAAAAAAAGAAAAUAUGAAUAGGAAAAAGAAAGAGAGAGAAGAAGAAAGAAGAAUGAAAGGAGUUAGAAAUCUUUUAGGAAGUUUUAAGGGGAUGAUGUUGUAUUAUAAAUUAUAGCAUUUUCUUCUUAUUUUGCUUUUCUUUUGUUCUUUUUUUGUCUUUUUUCCUUUGGUGUUCGGUGCUGCUCGUCUUGUAAAAUACUUGUAUAGUUUCAAUUUUUGGAUAGGGGAUGUUAGGUAUACGGGACGUCAUAUCUCGGCCCGCCCCGAUAAACAUAAGAGUGAACCCAUGUGGGUGUGGAGCCCACUUGCAUUUACCGGGGGCAUGGGUCGAGAUAUAAAAUCCAGGAAGUCAAAUAUUUUGCUUUUGGAUAAUGCUUUAAAAACCUAGAGGCAUGUUUCUUACUAGCUAAUAUGCAUGAAUUUUGGCCAUGCCUAAUACAGAAACAAUGUAUAUUAGGCUUUCGAGAAAUAGUCUGUCCGGAGAUUUAUUCUCUUUGGGCCUUCUGGAAAUGAGUUCAAAUGUUGAACUUAAGAGUUGUGUAAGUUUGGAUAACAUAUAAUGUAAAACUAUGUUAAAUUUUCUUAAAAA